AUGUCGGGGAAAGCAGGCAAGGGAAUCGGGAAGCCGUCGGAGAAGAGGAGGAGAAGCCAAGCGAAGACGAAGGCAGGACAAGACGAAGAGAGCAAGGACAAGAAGAAUGAGAUGGACGAAAAGGACAAGCCCGUCGUUAACUUUGCAAAUCGCGGAAAGUACGGGGGCAACUGGGAUGGUACCAAGAAGUCAGAUCCUGAAGGUUUGAUCCAGAGCUAUGUUUUGAGAGUGGAGGAGAAGAACAGGUUGGCUGAGAGCGAGUGGAAGAAGGAGACACAUCAGAUCGAAGAAGCCAAGAAAGCCAAGGCGCUGGCAGAUGAGAAGGCAGCCAAACGCAAGGAGGAAUGGGAUCGGACAGGCUUCUAUCGCUACCAGAACGCGGCGAGCAAGAGGAUCGCGCAGCAACGGAUGGACUGGUUCUCCCAGCAGCAGAAGGAGAACGAGAAGAGGCUGAGCCUACAGCAUGCCCAGUCUGCCGCCCCCACGAGGAGCUCUACGGGCGGCAUGCCGAGAGAUGCGGAAGCGGCAGGAAGAUGCGCGGACUGGGUUCAGCAGCUGGAUGAGCAACCGUUCGUGCCUGCGAGGAGGAGGAGGUACCUCAAGCUAGAGCACAGCGCCGAAGCCUGUGGUGAGACGAUCCUGCCGGUCCUGGUGCCCAAGCUCGACUGA